GGCGCUCUCUUCGGCCUUCGGUCUUGAGUCUUCUCAGGAGUUGUCUCUGUCUCUCUGUCUCUCUCUCGCUUUGCUGCUGGUGACUGGGUGUAGACUAUAGAAGAACAAGGAAGAACCGAAGAGAAAGGGAAAAAAUAAACGAGAGAAUAAAAAGAAAAAGAAAAUCACAAGGAAGAGAGAAGAGAGAAUAUCCAAGAAGAUAAAGACGGAUUGAUUUGCAUUGCAUUUGCUACUGCUUUGAUUUGCUUGCUGGUGCCUGCUGGAGUUGGACUCGUUUCGUCUAAUCUCUCCAAGACGAGUGACGACGAAAUAACAGAAAUUCGGUAGAGUUCUCUUCUCUCAGCUCCAGUACUGCCCCCUUCUCCUGUUUGGAUCCGAUCUAUUAAGCCCUUUUCUGAAAAGUAAAAAAAGAGAAAAAAAAUCUCUCUCUCUUUUCAGCUCUGAAGCGUCUCAUUUUACUUUCCAGCCAUGAAAGAUCGCCCCCUCUGCAUUCUGAGAUCUAUUCUCUGAUCAGUGAUCAGAUUUGGAAAUUUUGAUUUUGAGGAAAAAAGAGAGAAUCUUUGAAUCGCUUUGUCUGAAUUAUCCUUCUUGCUUGAUCUUGUACGGCAGAAUCCCUGUCUUGAUUCGUUUACUUGAGAGGACGAUUUGAGUUGAGUAUCGUGUCAUUGAUGGCUACAGCUCCAGAGCUACAUACCGCUUCCUCCCAAAAACCUAUGGUUGAAGAGUUGAGUUGCAGCGCGUCAGCUUCGACGCCAAAUUGCUCCAAAGAAUUCCUGCCCGAUGCAAUUCGUGCUUCCUCCAAAGCUCAUGAUUCUGCUUCCGUUCCAGGUUCUAACUCUUCCCCCGUCUCAGCAAAUCCUCGUUCUUUUCAACCACCGCCACGGUCUUCUCCAAAACAAUCGAGUAAUGGAGUCUCGUCCACUUCAUAUGUGACCGCACCGUAUUACGAUACCAAAACUACUAACUAUCCAGCAGCUCCUGCUAUGCAUCAGAAGCAUUCCCACAAGACAAUCCAAGACCAUUUGCAGAAGGAAGAAGUACCCAGUUCCUUGAAAAAAUCUCAUAAAUCGAACAGAGGGCAACCUUUACCGGUGGACAUAAAGGAUAGCAAGAUGGCUGGAGCAACCACUCAGGAGGAGGUUCUAACAGAAACGAAUCCGGAGCCGGAACCUUGCAUUAAAAAUCACAUAGAUGAUUCAAAGACUCCUAAGUCAACUUGCUUGCCGAAGCAAGAAGGCUUUGUUUCGGAUCCUUGUGAAGAUCCAGAUAACAGCUCAUUAGCACCACACUCGGGCAUCAACCGUUAUCCUAGUCCUGAUAACAAUUUCUGCACUGAGGCCCAAUACAUAGAAGCUAAGGAGAGCUUUGCUGCCACAGAUGUUAGUGACCGUGUCAGCAGUGUGGAAAAAUCUGGUGGAAGUGCCAAAGCUAGCAACUCCUGUGAUUUUGUAGAGAGCAGGAAAACUAGUAUCUGCAGAGGAAGCACUGGCAGUGAUGUUAGUGAUGAGAGUAGUUCAAGUAGCAUGAGCAGUGCUGUAUACAAACCCCACAAAGGGAAUGAUAGAAGAUGGGAGGCAAUUCAAGCUGUUCGUUCUCGUGAUGGGGUGUUGGGAUUGAAUCACUUCAGGCUCUUGAGGAGGUUGGGCUGUGGAGAUAUAGGUAGUGUUUACCUAUCUGAGUUAACUGGGACUAGAAGCUUAUUUGCCAUGAAGGUCAUGGACAAAGCAGCUCUAGCAAGUCGGAAAAAGCUUCUGAGGGCUCAGACAGAAAGAGAGAUUUUGCAGUCUCUGGAUCAUCCGUUCCUGCCUACUUUGUAUACACACUUCGAGACAGAGAAGUUCUCUUGCCUAGUCAUGGAGUUUUGCCCAGGAGGAGACCUGCAUGCACUCCGUCAACGACAACCAGGAAAGUAUUUUCCUGAGCAUGCAGCUCGGUUUUAUGUAGCAGAGGUUCUCCUUGCUUUGGAGUACCUACACAUGCUUGGGAUCAUUUAUAGAGACCUUAAACCAGAGAAUGUUUUAGUGAGGGAAGAUGGCCAUAUAAUGCUUUCAGAUUUCGAUCUCUCUCUAAGAUGUGCAGUCUGUCCAACAUUGGUGAGGUCCACAAACACAAACAUGGACUCAGCAAAGAACUCUGGCUACUGUGUUCAGCCUUCUUGCAUCGAGCCAACUUGCAUGAUCCAGCCAUCUUGCAUACAACCAACAUGUUUUGCACCACGUUUCUUGUCAAGAAAACCCAAGAAAGAAAAGAAAUCAAAACCAAAAAAUGAAGUUUAUAAUCAGGUAUCUCCGCUUCCAGAGCUCAUUGCAGAACCUACAAAUGCUCGGUCAAUGUCUUUUGUGGGUACCCAUGAGUAUUUGGCCCCUGAAAUCAUCAAAGGUGAAGGCCAUGGCAGUGCUGUAGAUUGGUGGACAUUUGGUAUCUUUCUCUAUGAGCUUUUGUUUGGGAAGACUCCAUUCAAAGGUUCAGGAAACCGUGCUACUCUCUUCAAUGUGGUAGGGCAGCCCCUAAGAUUUCCUGAAUCACCUACUGUGAGUUUUGCUGCAAGAGACUUGAUCAGAGGUUUACUUGUGAAAGAGCCACAACAUCGCCUUGCAUAUAGGCGUGGGGCCACUGAAGUUAAGCAGCAUCCAUUCUUUCAAAGUGUCAAUUGGGCACUUAUCCGGUGUGCCAGUCCACCUGAUGUGCCAAAGCCUUUUGUAAUAGACUUCCCAACAAGAACAGAAGUGCCAAAGGCACCAACAAAUGAGAAGAUGCCAGGAGUAGAUGUGAAGCCUUCAGGUAAUUAUUUAGAGAUUGAUUUCUUUUGAUUCUUGUAAGUUGCACCAGUUUGAUGGUAAGAUAUUGUGAUUGAAUGGUUCUUUUCCAUGGCAAGGAGAUCAGAAGUUGUAGCUGCUCUCAGUUGCACAUGUAACUACUCUUUAUUUGCAUUAAGCAUGAUAAGUCCUGCAAAAACGAGUAAAGAAGUUACUUUUCUUUCUUCUGCCAACCCCUAUCCACAGCUAACGUAAAUGAUUUCUGGUAGCCCAUUGCACAUGUCUUGUUUUUAGCAGAGCCAGAGUCAUUGUAGAAAUGUUUUGCAUGGUCAUACAGAAAAAUGAAGCCAACUACUGAAAUUCCUCAA